AUGUCAGCCGCCGGGGCCACUCUUGGGCCAAUCCGGGAAGAUCUUGCAUUGUCAACAUGCUAUUCCAAUGGAGCCGGAGGUCCACCUUGUUCACCAGAGUUGAUAACGAUAUACCUUGCAGUUGCAGGUGCCCCUGUUAUCCCCAUGAGGGUCCUGGAGUCCGACUCCAUCGCCUCGGUGAAACUUAAGAUCCAGAGCUGCAAGGGAUUCGCUGUGAAGAAGCAGAAGCUGGUAUUUGAUGGCCGGGAGAUGGCCCGGAAUGAUUGUCUCAUACGUGAUUAUGGUGUGUCCGAUGGGAAAGUCCUCCAUCUUAUUAUCAAAACAUCUGAUCUUCGUGUCAUUACUGUGAAGACUGCAUCCGGAAAGAAAUUAAAGUUCCGCGUCGAGCAGGGGCGAACUGUGCAUUAUGUUAAGAAGCAGGUUGCAAAGAGGAAUCCUAGUUUCGUCCAUCUUCAAGACCAAAAUUUUCUCUUCGAGGGGGAGGCGGCGGAGAAGGUUGAAGACCGGAGAGAGAUACACGAUAUUUGCACAAACAACAAUGCAUUCCUGCACUUGUUCGUGCGCAGGUCGGCACAAGUCAGGACGAAGCCUAUGGAGGACUCUGAGCCGUCUGUUGAAGCACCGGUAACAGUUGAUAAGGGAUGCGUUGAUGGCUCUCAGGCAUUUACGAGAAACACUCCAUGUAGGGGUGCGUCGAUUGAGCCAGUUAUUGUCAAUCCAAAGGUUGAAUUGCCUCUAGUGAUAAAGAAUCUGCUGUGUGCUACUCUUUCUGGAUUGGAGAAGGGAAACCCACCGAUCAUGUCUACAGAAGGUACAGGGGGAGCCUAUUUUAUGCAAGACAUCUCGGGCAAUGAAUUUGUUUCUGUGUUUAAGCCAAGCGACGAGGAACCACUGGCUAAGAACAACCCUCGUGGGCUUCCACUCUCAACUAAUGGUGAAGGGUUAAAACGAGGGACGCGGGUAGGAGAAGGUGCCAUUAGGGAAGUAGCAGCUUACAUUCUUGAUCAUCCUAUCAGUGGCCACCGAUCAUUCUCCCAUGUUGAUUUCGGAUUUGCCGGUGUUCCUCCAACCGUUCUUGUUCAAUGCAUGCACGGAGGUUUUAAACAUCCUGCUGGAUGUGAACAGGCAGCCAUGAAUUUUAAGGUUGGAUCACUGCAAAUGUUUGUCAAGAACUUUGGAAGUUGUGAGGAGAUGGGGCCGCGGGUGUUUCCGGUGCAGGAGGUUCACAAGAUCUGUGUGUUAGACAUCCGAUUGGCAAAUGCAGAUCGGCAUGCUGGAAAUAUCUUAGUCCGCAAAGAGGGAGGAGAAGGACGUAUAGUGUUGGUUCCAAUCGAUCACGGGUACUGCCUUCCUGAGAAUUUUGAGGAUUGCACAUUUGAGUGGCUCUACUGGCCUCAGUCUCGUCGACCUUUUUGUUCUGAAACUUUGGAGUACAUAAAUUCACUGGACGCUGAGCAGGACAUUGCUUUGCUCAAGUUCUACGGCUGGGAAAUGUCACUCGAGUGCUCUCGUACUCUUCGCAUUUCUACCAUGCUUUUGAGGAAGGGUGCCAAAAGAGGGCUGACUCCAUUUGAUAUCGGAAGCAUCUUAUGUAGAGAAACUAUCAAGAAGGAAUCCAGGAUCGAAGAGAUAAUCCGUGAAGCAAAGGAUGCUGUUAUUCCAGGAACCAGCGAGACUGCAUUCUUGGAGUCAAUUUCCGAGAUCAUGGAUCGCUAUCUUGAUCAACUGACCAUAUAGGCUGGUCAGAAUCUAUCCUAUGUGUGUAUAAGUACGUAUAUAUAUA